AUGGGUCUCCUUAGCUUGGUCGAAGAUCGCCCGACUCCCAAGUCGGUUUAUAACUGGCGAGUCUACUAUACCGCGGCAGUCGCCGGGUCUGCGGCUAUCAUGAUUGGUUACGACAGUGCCUUCAUCGGUGGCACGCUUGCCCUUCCAGCUUUUAGAGACGAAUUCGGUUUCAACAAGCUCUCAAAAACACAAGUCAACUUCUUGACCGCCAACAUUGUAUCUUGCUACCAAGCCGGCGCAUUCUUUGGAGCCUUCUUCGCAUAUGCUGCUGGACACUACUUAGGCCGACGACUUGGAUUGAUGGUUAUGGCCGCAGUUUUCACUCUUGGAGCUGGCAUGAUGUUGGGUGCCAAUGCUGACCGAGGACUCACUUUGUUGUACGUCGGCCGGACACUAGCCGGCAUUGGUGUUGGAGGAGCAUCGAACCUGAGCCCAAUUUUCUGUGCCGAGAUCGCACCUCCUGCAAUUCGUGGACGUCUAGUUGGACUUUAUGAGAUGGCGUGGCAAAUCGGUGGUCUCGUCGGUUUCUGGAUCAAUUAUGGCCUUGCUGAGACAAUGGCUCCUUCUCAUGAGCAAUGGAUCAUUCCCUUCGCCGUACAACUCGUCCCUGCCGGUAUGCUCUUCGCUGGAAUCUUUUUCACCAAAGAAUCGCCUCGAUGGCUCUUUUCCAAGGGGCGUCGUGAAGAAGGAAUCAAGAACCUCACUUGGUUGCGCCAACUUGACGCCAACCAUGUUUAUAUGCAAGAAGAAAUCUUCGCCAUCGACAAUGCAGUUGAAGAUCAACGCGCAACAGUCGGCCUCGGAUUCUGGCAACCAUUCCGAACAGUGGUCAACGACCGUAAGACUACCUAUCGCUUCCUCCUUGGUGGUUCUCUCUUCCUUUGGCAAAAUGCCACAGGUAUCAAUGCCAUCAACUACUACAGCCCUACCGUCUUCAAAUCUAUUGGAAUUACUGGUACCAACACCUCACUCUUGACCACCGGUAUCUUUGGUGUCAUUAAGACCAUUAUCACUCUCUUCUGGCUCUUCUUCCUCAUUGACAAGCUUGGCCGUCGCUUCCUCCUCAUCUGGGGUGCUGUUGCAGGUUCUCUGUGCAUGUGGUAUAUCGGUGGAUAUAUUGCCGUUGCAAAGCCCGCGAACAACCCUACCGGUAGCCUUACUUCAGGUGGUACUUCCGCCAUGGUUUUCUUCUAUUUAUGGACGGCUACGUACACACCCUCGUGGAACGGCACUCCUUGGGUUUUAAACUCUGAGAUGUUCAACCAAAACGUAAGAGUUCUGGCGCAAGCUUUCGCUGCAGCCAACAACUGGUUCUGGAACUUCAUCAUCGCGAGAUUCACCCCUCAGAUGUUCGCAACUAUGGGCUAUGGUGUCUACUUUUUCUUCGCGUCUCUCAUGCUUUGCGCCUCUGUGUACGUCUUCUUCCUCGUCCCAGAGACAAAAGGUGUCCCUCUCGAGGCCAUGGAUCGACUGUUCAGCAAGGAAUAUCCCGCUCGUCACGCUCACAAGCAAGUCCUCGCCAGCCUGCGCCUUGAAGAUCAGGAUUUCCGCCGCCACAGCGUCGCUUCUGAGAAGGGUGAUAUCACUGUUCAAGAUGAUCAUGUGGAGAAGGUAUAA